AUGGCCUCUCCACAAGAUACCACCAUCGAAAACCUCACCGGCAACUGGAUCCUUCAAAAAGUCCUCUGGCUCCUCCGCAAAGCCCUCGCCCUCGGAACAAUCUACAUCAGCAUCUCACAGUAUAAAACCCCAGAUCUGUCCCCAGACCAAACCCUAACACACAUCAACUUCACCCAAACAACCACGGGUGGUCUCGCCGGUACAGCCGAGAACCGCGUCCUGGAUUGGAAAACCGCCUCCCAUGAAGAUUACAUCUUCGGCCAUGUCCAAGCACAGGCAGAAUACGUCUACGGUACCACAGAUGCCGAUGGGAAAAUACGGCCGGAUGUGGAGGUGAAGAUUGAUAAUGCUAAUGAGGAGAUUCGGGGGUGGUUGAGGGGGGAGAAGGAGGUUGAUGGGUCUUUUUCGGAGGGGUUUUUGGUUGAAAGGCAGAGUGAGGAUGUGGAGAGAGGGGAUGGGCUUUGGGUUCAUACUUUUGAGUGCAAUGAGGGGGUUGGGUGGAUGGCGGAGCAGGUUUGGGGGUUUGAGGUACUUGCGGGGAUGAGGUAUUUUUCGCGGAGGGUUGUUGUUAUGGAUGGUGGGGGGAGGUAUAUUUGUGGGAGGAUUGUUUUUGAUUUCCUUGGGAGGGAGUCGGGUUGA